AUGGACACCCUGGUGCUGCAGGACCACCUGGUGGAACAGCUGCUGUCCCCUCGGACCCAGGCCCAGAGGAGGCUGCCCAAGCUCAAGGACCACGACAAGCAGUAUGUGGGCUUUGCCACGCUCCCCAACCAGGUCCACCGCAAGUCCGUCAAGAAGGGCUUCGACUUCACGCUCAUGGUUGCUGGAGAGUCGGGCCUGGGGAAGUCAACGCUGGUGAACAGCCUGUUCCUGACGGACCUCUACAAAGACCGGAAGCUUCUCAAUGCUGAGGAGAGAAUCAACCAGACAGUGGAGAUUCUGAAGCACACAGUGGACAUCGAGGAGAAAGGGGUGAAGCUAAAACUCACCAUCGUGGACACCCCGGGCUUUGGGGAUGCUGUGAACAAUACCCAGUGCUGGAAGCCCAUCACAGACUACGUGGACCAACAGUUUGAGCAAUACUUCCGCGACGAGAGCGGCCUCAACCGCAAGAACAUCCAGGACAACCGGGUUCACUGCUGCCUUUACUUCAUCUCCCCCUUUGGGCACGGGUGG